AUGUCUGUGGGCCUGCAGCGGCGCGUGCCGGCCCUGGACGAGGCGGGGGGCGGAGUGCCGGCCGCGUGGAAGUCUAGCGAGCCCCCGUUCCCGGCCUUCGCGCCGCCCGCGGGCUCCCCCGCCGGCCCGGCGUUCGCGGCCUCGCCGGCCCCCUCCACGCCGGGCCCGGGCCCCGGCUUCUCGGGGCCCUACGCCGCCUCGGGGCCCUUCGGCAGCCCGUCCGCGAGGCCCGGCUCCGGCGGCGGCUUCCCCCCCGGCCCGCAGCAGCACUUCGGGCCGGGCUUCGCGCCCCCCGGCUCGCCGUUUCAUCCGCAUCCGCCGCACCCGAUGCCGCCUCAUCCUCACAUGAUGGCCCCCCUCCCGCCACCUGUGGACAGGUCAGUCUACAUCAAGAUACCAUAA